UGCUGGCUUUCAACACUCCCAGCGUCCAACUCUCCUGGAUUCACACACUCUAAAUAUAGCUGCCUUAAAGUCAGACGGGACUGCAGGAGAGACUUAAAAAUACUGCGAAGAAACUCGGAGACUCAAGUUUUUUUAGUAAACACUUUGUGUGUUCUGAGGCUUUCAAUCAUUUUUGGUCUAUGUGAAAUGCAAGAUUGUUGAACUAAUGGACUGAAGAACAUGGGAUUAAUCAUGAAUCAAGAGGCUUUAUGUCAGUAAUGUAAUCUUAAUCCCCACAGAUAUUUCUCCACAGGUUUACUUCAAGGAAAGUUCCAAUAUUUUCUUCAACAGCUGGCCAUAAAUUGCUCCAGUAGAAAUGAUAUGCCACUUGUCUCUUUUAGUUGUCUCCAGUCUUUUCGUGUCUCAGUGCCACGGGGGCUGUGCGGAGGUGGACUCCAUGACUGAAGCCGUGGCAGGAGGAGGAUUCCUGCUGGGCUGUAUCUCCUGUAAAAGAAGAGAGGAGGUCUCUGCCCAAGCCACUGUGGACUGGCACUUCAAACCUCUGGGAGAGGAGGAGUUCAGGCAUAUUUUCCACUAUCACCACCCCAAUGCCGGCAUCCUCCAUGAAGAUUUCAGCGAACGCCUGGAGUGGCAUGGGACACAAAACAGUGAUAUUCAGACAGGAGCCAUUUACAUUCAUAAUGUCACCUUCAAUGACACGGGGACGUACCGCUGCACAAUCCACCGCACCCUCUUCCUGUCGCAGUAUGAUGAGCACGUUACUGUGGAGAAGGAGGUGGAGCUCACCGUGGUGGAUGUAGCCAAUCCGGAGCUGACAGCAGUGAUUUCAGAGAUAAUGAUGUAUGUGCUGAUCGUGGUUCUGCAGCUGUGGCUCAUUAUGGUUCUGGUCUACUGUUACAAGAAGAUUUCGGAAGAGCACGAAACUCGGGAGGCCCGUAAAGCUCUCAAAGCUCAGGCAGAAAUAUUAGAAUCUAAAGACUACUGUGACGGGGUGCAGCUAGAGUAACAUUAACGGUAAAAAGAUCAUCUCUACAAGAGUCAAGCUUAAUUUGUGUAUUUUGCUAACAAAGAUACAAUUACUGUAUGAGAGGUUGAUUUCCUAUAAGUGAAGACUAAAGAGAUUGAUGCAACCUGUAUGGUUAAGUGUAAAUAGAAGGUGAUGGUGCAGAUAGCAGUAGGCAGGGCAGAUUUCCUUUGGAUUUCAGUGAAACACACUGUUUAAGGUGUCCUAUGAGACUAUUAAACACUGUGGAUUUGUAAAAAUGGCCUUCAAUGUAGGGAAACCAAUGAAUAGUUAUUUUUAUUGUUGAAUAAUCUAUCGAUUAUUUAAUUUAUUAUUCGUCUAUAAAAAGUCAAAAAUGACAUGAGCCCAAAGUAAUGUGUCUGACUCCAAACAACACAAAAGUAUUCGUCUGAAAACAAUGAGACAUGCAGAAACGCAAGCAAAAAGUGUAAUGCUGCAACUGUAGGACAUAAACAGUUCAUCGUUUAUCCAAAUGGCCAUUGAUGAAUUUUCUAUUGAUAAAUUAAAUUACUCCCUAACCAGCUUUAGUGUAUGUUAAGCAGCAUGUCCUUAUUUACAUGUGUCAACAGUCAAAAACACUGUUCUAGUCAAUCUAAACUUAUCUGUUUGUCCUACUCCAUGUCUGUCCAAGUUAGUAAAUGAACUUGAACAAAGUAAAUAUUUUUGUAAAUCA